AUGUCUCAAUACAAACAAAAAAACCCAGAUGAUGUUGUCAUCGUUGCUGCUUAUCGUACCGCAUUGACCAAAGGUGGUAGAGGUAGUUUCAAAGAUGUUGGUUCCGACUACAUUUUAAAAGAGUUGACUGAGCAGUUUAUCAAGAAGACAAAAUUAGACCCUUCUCUUGUUCAGGAUGUUGCAAUUGGUAAUGUCUUGCAUUCAAGGGGUGGAGAUUUUGAACACCGUGCGGCAUUGAUGGCUGCCGGUAUCCCUUAUACAAGUGGAUUCGUUGCUAUCAACAGAUUUUGUUCAUCUGGUUUGAUUGCUGUUUCCCAGAUUGCCAACAAAAUCAAAACUGGGGAGUUGGAAUGUGGUCUUGCUGGGGGAGUCGAGUCUAUGAGUAAAGAUUAUGGUCCAAAUGCCAUAAUCAAGUACGACCCCGCAUAUGCUGACCACCCCGAAUUUCAAAAAAAUCAAAUUCCAAUGGGAAUCACAAACGAAAAUGUUUGUGAUAAAUUUGGUAUUCCAAGAGAGGCUCAGGACCGCUUUGCCGCUUCAUCAUUCAACAAGGCAGAAGCUGCUCAAAAUUCAGGAAAGUUUAAGGAUGAAAUUUUGCCAAUAGAAGCUUUUAUUGAAGAUGAUGAAGAAGAAGAUGAAGAUGGUGAACCUAUUGAAAAGAAAAUAACUGUUACAGAGGAUGAGGGAAUUCGAAAGGGAGUUACACCAGAGAAGUUGGCUAAAAUUAAACCAGCCUUUAAAAAGGAUGGUUCAACUUCCGCUGGUAAUGCAUCACAAGUCACCGAUGGGGCUGCCUUGGUAUUGUUGAUGAGAAGAUCAUUUGCCGAGAAACAUGGAUACCCCGUCCUUGCUAAAUACGUUGGUUGUUGGGUCGCUGGUGUUCCACCUGAGAUUAUGGGUAUUGGUCCUGCUGUUGCUAUUCCAAAGGCUUUACAAAAGACUGGUCUUAAAGUUGAUGACAUCUCUGUUUUUGAAAUCAAUGAAGCUUUUGCUGGUCAAUGUUUGUACUCCAUUCAAUCUGUUGGAAUCCCAGAAGAGAAAGUAAACUUAAAUGGUGGCGCUAUUGCUUUAGGUCAUCCUAUGGGAGCCACUGGUGCUAGACAAUAUGCUACUAUCUUGCCAUUGUUGAAACCAGGUGAGAUUGGUUUGACUUCUAUGUGUAUUGGAACUGGUAUGGGAGCUGCUUCCAUCAUUGUUAGAGAGUAA